GGAGACUUCCUUGCUCCUCCAGUGCAACGUCUGAAUUCUGAACUGCUUCUAGCAGUGGCAUGGAGGAAACCAGAGUUGCUCCAAAGUAAACCAGAGGUAAGGCAGAGAAAAAGGAAUUCCCUCUGGGAAACACAGUAUUGGUCCUUUGGGGGCCCCAGAUAACUGGGAUUUCCAAUGGAUGAAGCAGCUGCAGCAAAAAGGGUGGUGACCAGGAACUGAGUGUCCUUCUGUCUGCAGCUCAUCAAGACAGAAGAGCCUUAAGUCCUGCCGUCGACAUAUUAAAGGUGACAGUCUUUGGCCACAUGAACACAUGGCUCUGUUAAGAAGAAUUAAUCAAAUUUUGCUGUUCCUGCUUGUUGUGACUAUCUGUGCCAUUCUAUACAAGAAAGCUUAUAAGGUGUCUACGCUCAAGAAUGAACCAGAUGAUGCUGAGGAUUCCGAGGAAAUGGAAGAAGAGAUUCCCGUGGUGGUGUGUGCAGCGGCAGGCAGGAUGGGUGCCGCCAUGGCAGCCAUCAACAGCAUCUACAGCAACACAGAUGCCAAUGUCUUAUUCUACGUGGUCGGUCUGAGGAACACACUCUCUCACAUCCGGAAAUGGAUUGAGCAUUCCAAACUAAGGGAAAUCAAGUUUAAAAUUGUGGAAUUCAACCCAAUGGUCCUCAAAGGAAAAAUCCGACCAGACACUGCACGUCCUGAGUUGCUACAACCUUUGAACUUUGUGAGGUUUUAUCUCCCUCUGCUUAUCCACAAACAUGAGAAAGUCAUCUACUUGGAUGAUGAUGUCAUCGUACAAGGGGAUAUCCAAGAAUUGUAUGACACAAAGUUGAUGCUGGGUCAUGCAGCGGCUUUCUCAGAUGACUGUGAUUUACCUUCCACCCAUGAAAUGGUUAGAAGUGCAGGGAUGCAGAAUACAUACAUGGGAUUUCUGGACUACCGAAAGAAGGCAAUCAAAGACCUUGGCAUCAGCCCCGGUACCUGCUCUUUUAAUCCUGGUGUGAUUGUUGCCAAUAUGACUGAAUGGAAACACCAGCGUAUCACCAAGCAACUAGAGAAGUGGAUGCAAAGAAAUGUGGCGGAAAACCUGUAUAGCAGCUCCCUGGGUGGUGGAGUGGCCACGUCCCCCAUGCUCAUCGUAUUUUACGGGAAGCAUUCUCACAUCAAUCCACUGUGGCACAUCAGGCACCUGGGCUGGAGUGCAGACGCCAGAUACUCUGAGCAUUUUCUUCAGGAGGCUAAAUUACUUCACUGGAAUGGAAGGCACAAACCUUGGGACUUCCCUAGUGUUCACCCUGACCUCUGGGAAAGCUGGUUCAUUCCUGACCCUUCUGGAAAAUUCAAACUCAAUCGUGGAGGUAGUUGAUACACGGACCUACAGCAUGUUCGCUCUUGCUGCAUCAACUUGCAACAAGUGGAUUAUUUUAUGAGCACUUUUUCAACACAUUUGAAUCAUAGGAUUCACCUUCAUUUAACAAAGAAGGCUUCUGAGACUUGUACUAUGGAAUGUAGAAAUGGAUUUUUUUUUCUCCCCCAAAGUACCUCCUUAGGGAAAAUCAAAACUGUAAAUAUAUGGUGGGAAAGAAAUUGGUACAUUAACAUUCAAUUGCUUAGCUUGACCUUCAAAGAAAAAUAAGCAUCUUCAAGGAUUAAUAAAAUCAGAAAACAAGAGAUUUUUAACCACAUUUUAAGAUUUCACAAUAAAGAUGAGGCAUUUUUCUAUCUAA